AUGUCGAGCUCUCCAGAGCAGGUAGACCCGCAGGAAGACGAAGACGUGAUUCAAGGGUCUUGUUUCUGCGGGGGGGUCUCGUACGAGGUUUAUGGGACCCCUGUGCUGAGUGCUUUUUGUCACUGCACGAAAUGUCAGCGCAUGACGGGAUGUCCAUUUGUGCAUACGAUCCACUACGACGCAUCCGCAUUUGCCUGGACCCAUCCGGGAUUCCACCUUUCGCGAUUAGAUUCAUACAACGUCCCCGAGAAGCCGUGGAAAACCCGCUAUCGAUGCAAGCAGUGCGGCUGCACGGUUGCCUCGCAUAACGCGAAGACCAGCCACUGGAGCGUCUGGGGUGCGCAGUUGCAGCGCGGGGAGGAUGGCAAGAUCAUGAAUUGGGAGAAGAUCAAACCCACUGCGCAUAUAUUCUACGGGACGCGUAUGAUGGACGUCCACGAUGACCUUGGUAAAUGGGAGGGGUACGAAGGCACUUCUCCAAGAAUCAUUCAACCGUGGUCCGGUGCGUCCCCUAAUCCUACACCAAACUAGAUACCCCCUCCACUCGUAACGCUUGCGCGACAUUAAUUGGCGAGUGAUGGGAUAGCCGUAGACGGUUGACUUGCCUAGGGAAGGAAACGGACUGCCCAAUUCAUAUCGGACUGUAGCGGAUCUACGCAUGAGCCCUUCCCUCUCAUCGCGUUCAAUCUGUAUCUUACAUCUUUGCGCUGUAUAGUGCAUUAUGGACAUGUAUAAAACUAUGAUAAUUGUAUAGUGUCAUACAGGAGCUCAUAUAUAGCCACCUGAAUUCGAAGUAGCAUGAUUAGCGC